UGUAACAUUAAUGCAAAGCGCAACCUCGAGGGAAACCAAGAUACAUGGCUAACACGUUUUCAGCUUUCACGACACUCUUUGCUAUCUUUCCACUUGUUGGCAGGCCCACCUAGACUUCCGCGCUCAAGAACGUGCCCAGUAACAGGCGCGCCCAGGGCCUCCAGGUCCAGGAACUCGAAAACUCGAAAGACUUCUCUCCUAAUUGCUGCAUCAUUGUCGAUGCCCGCAAUGGUUGCUGCUAGAGGUCCUACGCCGGACCCGCCCGCGCCCGCACUUCCGCCGCACAAACGAUCCACGAAUUAUGGGUAUUAUAAUCCGAUGGACGGUGGUGGGAGUAUGCUUACUCAAGUCCAGGAUACUUAUCCACCAGGUCUCGGAGAACCCAUAAACGUCAUCAUCUCUGCCUAUUCUGAUUCACAGGUGCUGCAGAAUACUUUGGACAACGGUGGUCUUAUCAAUUAUUUCCAAUCAUUCGGGUUCUCGACCGAGUGUUUAGGACAGCAUGCCGGUGGCGACCAGGCUGCUGAUCUUGGUGACGGGAAUGGUUACCUGAACGAAACUGCCGUAAUUCGUUGGGACUAUGGCGAUGCCAACCUUGGAACUUGCCAGGAGACGGUCGAAGGAGGGAACCAUUUCCGCUAUUGGAUACAGAAUGGGGCAAGCGCAGACUCUGGUGGAAUAUUCAUGGCAACUUCGUAUGAGAUGCCUAUAGCUGGUCAGCAUAAUAUCGUAGUCAAUGGCUAUAACCUAGGUCGAGAUUGGCUUGUCGGGAAUGUCACUUCUCAGUCGACUAUUCUUCCGACACUAAACAUCACCAACACAUCGACUUACUCGGGACAAACAUCCUUUAAUAAUUUCACCUAUGCGACUACUGCGACGUAUGUCUCCGGGCUGCUACAGAACACUAGUGAUGGCAUCAACCACUAUCAAAGUGUCGCUGUCAAUGGAUUAAAUGCAAUCGACGGACUGGUGGCGGUGCUAACAGUAAAGCUGGUCAAGACGCCCAGUAGCAGUAAUCCAAGCGGAGCGGCAUGGUCAAAUCGCCCCGCAGGACUUUUGUGGACGCUCCUUGCAAUAGCAUGCACGAUACUCGUGUCAUCGCUUUAGAUUUACGGACUCCAUUAUAGACAUUCCCGAACAGUGGUUACGCUACGCGACAUUAUCUCGAACGUAGUUCUAGGACUACAGUCCUUUAUUCCUAACCCUGUCUGGAGGCAUACCCUCCACAUAGUAUAUUUCACCUCAGAUCUCACCAGCUGGUUGAUACUCACCUGUACAUUUCUGGUAUAUUCCUACUUAUGACUUCACUUGUACGUUAGAUUGCUCUGGCCGCAUCUUCUUCAACCUAGAUAUUCUUGUUUUGAUGGAUUACAUGUAUCUAUAUGCUUUUCAGUUCAGCUGCGCUCGAGUACUGUUAAUA